AUCUUCUCCCCCAUGCCGGAAGCUCAACAAAAACAGGCAAUGGGCAACGCAUAGGCAUAGCUUGGCUCGCACGGUGUCGCUGGCUCCCCUCCCCUUCCCUCCCCACUGUUACAUCCAGCGAGCUGUUCACGGCCGUGCCGAGCUCAGUGAGGCAGCGUUUGCGAGUCCGGGACGAGGGGAGCGGCGGGCGACAUGGGGAGGGGCCGCAGCGAGAUAAAGCGGAUCGAGAACCCCACGCAGCGGCAGUCCACCUUCUACAAGCGCAGGGACGGCCUCUUCAAGAAGGCUAGGGAGCUCUCCGUUCUGUGCGACGUGGACCUGCUGCUGCUCCUCUUCUCCACCUCCGGCAAGCUCUACCACUACCUCUCGCCCACCGUCCCCUCCGUCAAGGACCUGGUCGAGAGGUACGAGGCCACGACGCACACCAAGGUCUGGACCGACAUCCGCCAGGAGCGGCGCGCGGAGCUGGAGAAGGCGGAGCAGAUGUGCGAGCUGAUGGAGAAGGAGCUGCGGGUCAUGACGGUGGACGACGGGGAGCAGUACACGGUGCCGUCGCUGGAGCUGCUGGAACACAGCCUGGAGGCGGCCGUGCGCAAGGUGCGCUCCGAGAAGGACCGCAAGAUCGGCGGCGAGAUCAACUACCUCGAGAACAUUAUCAGAGGACGCCACGAGGAGCGCUACGGGUUGUGCAACAAGCUUGCGCACUCUCAGGCAUCGAACAACGAGGGAGGAGGAGGGUCGACCCCACCAAGCAGCGGCCUGGAACUCAAACUGGGUCUCAACUGACGCUGGCUGGCUGGAAAGCUCGAGGACUAUGCUCUGUUCCUUGGGUACUGUACUCUGUAGGUUUUGGUUGAGUGGUUGUUGUCAGCAGUUGUCCUUAGAUCAAACAAGUCUCGAGUUUGAUGUGUUAAUGUACUCCAUUAUUC